AUGCUGAGGAUUGAACUCUUCGUAAUUUUGGCAGUCGUGAUUUCUGUGAAUUCUUUCAAUAUUCCAUUUAUUGAGGAUGUCACACUUAUUGCAGUUUCAACUUCGAAUAGCAGUAUAGUCAAUAAUUUGACCUGUGAAGAAUGUUUGUGCAAAGCAUUAAUUUAUUAUUCAGCUCUUAAUUGCUUUUCAAACAGCACGUGUCAGUUGUUUUCCACUAUUCCAUUAACUUACCGUAUUCAAUCCACACCAGGAGCUCGUCUGUACUUUUCUCAACAAACACUACCCAAUGUCAAUCAAUGUUGUAUGCCUGAUCUCGAUUUCUUGCUCAGUAAACUUCGCAACGCCACACCAAUUUAUGUCAGCAUACCAAAUCCUCGUUGUCUUGCACUUGACAAUCAUGGCUAUGUAGUCGCAAUCGAAAGAUCGCCAGCAUAUAUCGAUCGUUUUAAUGCGACAAAUCUCACACUAAUCAGUCGAACUUCAAUCCCAAUUUCAGCACAAAUUUGGAGCUUAGCAUUUAAUAACAAUGCUUAUUACAUCGGAACAGAUUCAAAUACUAUCGUAGUGGUUGACAGUAACAAUCUCACGAUGAUUAAUACAAUCACUUCAAUCUAUAUUAAUAAUCCGCGCGAUAUUAUGUUUCUUGACAAUGGACAAACAAUGGUAAUUGCUUCUUUCGGCAACAAUGCUCUUCUUUUUUUUAAACAAUUGGAUAGUACACCAGGGAAUUAUUCAUAUGCUUAUCAGAAAGCAGUUACUCAUUAUCCAAAUCCACAUGGCUUAUGGUAUGUGAAUGACACUUUCUUCUAUGCAACAGUAUGGUAUAACAAUGCAGUUUUAUCUUAUACUGCGAAUAGUAGUGAUAGCACAUCAUGGACGGAAACAGUCACAAUCAAUGCUGAAUCCAUAGGAUCAACGGCCGGUGGUAGUCAUGUUAUAAUUGAUGAAUGUGGUCGAAGUUGGUUUGUACUAGAACAAAAUGGUAUUGAAAUCUAUGAUACUGUUGGAAAUUUAAUUGGAAAUUUCAGUCUAAAAACUUCAUACUUUUUUCAUCUGUUAAUCACAGAUAAUUAUGUGCUAUAUCUAACAGAUACUCUUACGGGUCAUGCUAUGAAGAUCGAUCCAAAUAUUAAAUGCUGA